AUGGAUCGACUGAUCGAGGCAGUAUGGAAGAGCUUCCAGGGUGCUCAUCGACAGGCGACACUAUUUGGACGGCGUGGAGCAGCCUUUUGCCGAGUGGACAAAUCCGUCGGAAGCCGCGUCCAAGCCCGUGACCCGCCGAGGAUCGCCACACCAAAUCAAAAGUCGGGACGCGGGAAUGCAGCAGCUGCACCCUGCACGGAGGAGCUGGAUAUGACACUGACACUGAGACAGGUCUUCGGGAGAGACAAGACCGAGGUGUGCCGAGAAGAUAGUUGA